AGAAGAAAAGCUUAAUUCCUAGCUGUAUUAAUUGUAUACAACAAGCAAGACAUCAUUAUUAAUUAGUAUUGCUUUUUUGUCAUCUAAAAAAGGAAAGAAACAUGACCCGACCCAUUUCAGUCUUUUGAUACUUUUAAUAUCAUCAUCAACCAUGGCUCCUGCUGGGAAAGCUUUGGUGUUUUAUCAUGAAGCCAAUGACUGGUUCUGUAAUGCAAGUUUGCCAAGUGAUAUAAAUGUUGUCAUAGACAAAAUAAACUUCCAUCUACACAAGUUUCCCCUAUCAUCAAGGUGCAGAAAAAUAGACAGAUUAAUCGAAGAAACUCAAAAGACUGAUGGAGGAGAUUCUUGCACCGUCACCCUAGAUGAUAUCCCUGGUGGUACCGAUGCGUUUUUGGUUGCUGCUAAAUUCUGUUAUGGUGUCCGGAUGGAGCUUACACCGAGAAAUAUAGUUAUUGUAUAUUGCAUGGCAGAUUAUCUUGAAAUGUUUGAUGAGUAUGGAGAUGACAACUUAUUAGCCAGGGCAGAGAAUUACUUCCACAAAAAUGUACUAAAAAACUGGAAAGAUUGCAUGGUUGCUCUUCAAAGUUGUGAGAAUGUGAUGACAAAAGCAGAUAACUUGCAGAUUAUUAGUAAAUGUUUAAAUGCUAUAUCAAUGAUGGCGUGUACAGAUCCUAGUUUGUUUGGGUGGCCGAUGAUGAUGUAUGGUCGAUUACAGAGCCCAGGUGGCAGCAUUUUGUGGAAUGGAAUCAAUACAGGUGCAAGAAUCCGAAGUUCAGAAUCUGAUUGGUGGUUUGAAGAUGUUUCUUAUCUUAGUGUGAAUUUGUUUGAGAGGCUUAUUAAGACUAUGAAAGCUAGGGGACUUCGGCCCGAAAACUUAACAGGAGCUAUAAUGCACUAUUGUAGGAAGUAUCUCCAUGGGCUAGGCAGAUGGCAAAGUGGGCAGAACUCUAAGGUUAAAUCCAUUGCUAGUUUUAGCAUGAAACCCGCCAUUGUUAAUCAACGAGUUCUACUGGAAAGUAUUGUGGAACUGCUUCCGGAAAGAAAAGGAAAAUCGUUUUGUCGUUUCUUAUUAGGACUUUUACGGGUUGCUUUGAUUUUGGGUGUAAACGGUAAGUGUCAAGACUCUCUUGAAAAAAAGAUAGGAAUGCAAUUGGAGCUUGCAACACUUGAUGGGCUAUUGAUUCCAACAUAUUCAGAUUCUGAUACUUUGUAUAACAGUGACUGUGUUGAAAGGAUAAUCAAUCAUUUUUUAACUUCAGAAGAAACAGUUGAUACUUUUUCUCCAUCGUCAAUUAUCUCAGAAGUGUCGCCAUCCUCUUUACCCUUAAGGAAAGUUUCAAAGCUUGUCGACAAUUAUAUGGCAGAAGUUGCAUCUGAUGUGAACUUGAAACCUCAACAGAUACGAUCACUCGCAGCAGCUCUUCCAGAAUCGGCAAGAUCUUUGAAUGAUGGUCUAUAUAGAGCUUUGGAUAUAUAUUUCAAGGCCCACCCUUGGCUACCGGAGGAAGAAAAAGAACAACUUUGCAACAUAAUUGAAUAUCAGAAGCUUUCUAUUGAUGCUUGUGCUCACGCUUCUCAAAAUGAGCGCCUUCCACUUAGAGUUGUUCUUCAAGUAUUGUUUUUUGAGCAAAUGCAGCUGAGAACAUCGCUAAGUAAUGUAUUGCAUGACGAAAACGUUCCUACAGGUCCACUGAGUAUUGUACCAAGUGGUGGCCAAAUUGUACAGAGAGACGGGUGGGUGACAAUCGUGCGUGAGAAUAAUGUUAUGAAAGUGAACAUGGAAAGAUUGAGGUCUAGAGUUGGCGAACUUGAACAAGAGUUUAACAGAAUGAAGGAAGAGAUGAAAAGGGUUACUAGAACGCAUAGUUCUCUUGAUUCUCAUUGGUUUCUUUCAAGAACAUUUGGAAAAUGCAACCUUCUUCCAGAGUCGUCAAGUGUGAAGGAGGAUGUUGUGCAAAGCACGACACCCUCUACCCCACGAGGGUCAACUGACCUGCCUCGACCCUCCCAUCAUUCCAAGCAUCGUUAAUGUUUAUACAUUGUAAAGUGGACAGAAAUUUCAACAACCCGAGAAGGGGGGAAAAAUUUUAAGUUGAUUGGGAAUUUACAAGCUUUGUAAGUAGUUUCAACGGUUCAUGACACCAGAAAAUCCAUCCCAGAUGUUUUCGAUAUCAUGGAUGGGGACAUCUGUUAUGGAUUUUCUCUGCUUUUGUAAAUCCUUGGGGAGUUAAAAAGCUUGUGGAUCAAAAGCCCGUCUGGCACAUUCUUUUUCAGUUCAAGUAUAUAAUACAGGUAUGCGAUGAAAGUAUGAUACCAUAGUUGCUA